UUCGGCGACUGUCCAGCGACCAAGCCAACAUGGCGGACUCGAGCAAAAAACCAACCCUGUACCAACCCGUAUUUUAUUUACCUUGAGUUUGCUAAAACAUGUCGGCAAACGCCGCCGAUGAGGAGAAGAAAUUAUCGAAAAUGGCAGAAGAACGCGAGGACGACAAGGGUAGCGUAAAGCCGGUGAAAGCACCUGAGGACGGUGGUGCUAGCAAAACCGAUAGCACUGGAACCGGUGCUGAUAAGAAGCCAGAAUCGACGGAAACGGUUGAAACAAAAAAUCAAUCGAAGAAGAGUGACGAGAAAAGCGCAGCCGACGAUGAAUCCAAAGCCGAUGGCAACUCAACCACGGAGGGUGGCGAUAGUAAGGCGGAAAGUGCGGCCGGACGGGACAAUGGAAGUGCAGACAAACCAAAGGCACCGGUCGAACCGGAAGCCAAAGGCAAAAACCGGAAUGGCGCUAAAAAGCCGGCUGAUGAAGGGGAGGAGGACGGGGAAGAGGAGGAAGCUGACGAUGCGUACCAACCGUCCGGUAAGCGGCUCGGUUCGAUUGCGCUGAUCGAUGCCAACAUCACCAAGGCCAAGGUGGAAGAUCUGCAAACGCUUCACACAGUGCUGUACGAUGAAACGGCCAAGACGAUGGUAUUGCGGCGCAAUUUGCGCAAGUUCGGUGGGUUCGACUUUAAGCCAAGUUCGGCCGCGUAUCGAAGCCGCGUCACGGCCACCGGCAAGCUGGACGUGAAAAAGCUCGCACAGGUAGCGGAAAUUCUAUCGCUCGAUAAGAAGGGAAGCAAGGAAGAGUUGGCGGAACGGAUUUGCACCUUCCUGCAGAAGCCGGACGGUGAUGAAGAGCUGCCGGAUGAGAUGGGUGAGGAAGAGGAGGACGAGGACGAAGAGGAGGACAAGGACGAGGAGGAUGUGAGCGAGGAGGAAGAGGAGGAGGAGGAGGCACCAAAGAAGAAAACACCGUCGAAGCGUGGUGCGGCGCCGGCCCGUGGCAGGGAUUCGGCCAAGUCUACCAGCGGGCGCCCGAAGCGCUCGACCGCUGGCCGUGGUUACCAAGACAAUUCCUUAUACGUAGAUUACUCUACCUCGGAGGAGGAAGAGGAGGAGACCGUUAAGGUGGGCCGCGGACGACGGGCCCGCCGAGGAUCUGACAGUGGAUCGGAUUAUAAUCCUUCGGCCGGGUCCGAUUCCGAUGCGGGCAAGCGAAGAUCGUCCCGGGCACCGACCCGUGGCAGCCGAACGUCGGCCCGAAACACACGAAAGCGUGCGUACAGUGACGAUGAAUCGGAGGAAAGCGUAAGCGAGGACGAUUUUAGUGAGGACGAUCGACGAAAGAAGAAGGCUGCACCGGCACGUGGUGGUGGACGUGGUCGACCGAGUGCCGCCGUUGCCUCCCGGCAAUCGGCACGCGGCCGUGGACGCAAACGGAAAGCAGAAACCGAAAGCGAAGAGGAGGAAGAAUCGGAGGAGGAAGUCGAUAGUGAGGAUAGCGAGCAGCAACCGAAGCGGAAGUCGGUUGCCAAAGCUGGUGGCCGUGGGUCCGCCGCAGUAGCCAACAGUAAGGCUAAAAAUGUAACACCGGUUAAAGGAAGGGGACAACCGAAACGGGCAGCUGCGGUAAAUAGCGCAAAGAAGUCGCGACGGGGCCGUGGCCGUAGCUCGUCCGGUGAAGAGGACGAAGAGGAAGACGAGGAGGAGGAGGAGGACGAGGAAGAACCUGAGCUGGAUGACAACGAAUCGGAGGAUGAGAAACCGUUGGUCAAGAAGGCAAAGCAGGAAAAGGAAAGCGAUGCGGCAGCACCACCCAGCGAGGAUGAUAUCAAAGAAUACCUGAAAGAGAUCCUGGAGGAAGCGAACCUUGAAGAGAUCACGAUGAAAACCGUAUGCAAGAAGGUGUACGCCAAGUAUCCGGACCACGAUCUAUCGCAUAAAAAGGAUUUCAUUAAGGCAACAGUCAAAUCUCUUAUAUCGACGUAAAGUCGUGUCAAGCGGGAGAGGAGAAUUAAGCCGGACGCGUCGUAUGUUUUUUUUUCCUUCUUCUUUAAAUGGUUAUCAUAAAAGCGACCGAUAUGAUGUAGAUUGCAUGUUGAAGAUGCUGAGCUGAGUUCAAUAGGGGAUGGUAGAAGGAUUAAUAGCGAGCAUAAUGAUGAUGAUGAUGAUGAUGGAUGGUAUGUAUGUACAGCAGGAUAUGCAACAAAUGGUGGAGCAUGCUCGCGGACGGACGUUGAACACAUUCACAGUGAGAGAGCGAGAUAGAGAGAGAGAGCAUACAGCUCGCAGCAUAAUUCGUCGUUUAGAUAUAUAUACAUAAAUGCAACACAGAGUAACAAAUACAAACAAAAAAAUAUUAUCUAGAGCAACAAAAGAAACAAAAGGUGGGACACAAACAAACAACAAAACUCUAUUAGGGACGCGCACGUGCGGACAGACAGAAGGAUGGUGGUAGCUUAGCGAGUAUUUGAGGUGUAAUAGACAGUGUUAGCGAAAGAGACGCAUUCGUUGAUUGCGUGGACGGAAUUAGUCGAAUCGGGAGAAAUCUUACGUGCGCGCAAGGACGCGAGUCCCUUCUAUAUUUUGCACACAUACACAAACCCACACACACACAACACACGCUGUGUGAGGAACGAUUCACUUACAAUAUGGCUGAUCAAAUGAUCUAAACACACGCAUCAUUCGAUCGGCAAUCAGUUGGACGAAAGCGAGAGAGAGAGAAAGUAUCAUCGGACAGAGCGUGACAUCAAUUAGGUAGCCUUUUUCUAUAGCCGGCAGUAGUAAGCGUUAGUUCUGCACUUUGAAAGGACAUGUAUACACAAUGUGUGUUGGAGGAGGAAAAACAACAGGAAACAGCCGGUCCGGCAAGAGGUCAAAUCAAACGUUUCUGGCAAAAAGAAAAUCACAAGAGUUUAUUAAGGCUUUAAUAUAGUAAUGGUUAGGAGAGGAAAACCCGGAACCAAACCCCUUUUUUGGCAAACGAAUCAACCGGCACGCGGCACACGUGUAGGUGCGUGUUGUUAGUAGGGAGGACCGUUUUAAAUUCAGGAAGCAAAACACUCUCUCACACACAUACACACACACACACACACACAGGCAUAGAAGGGACACGAAGGGUUUUUUAGAUAAUGACAAAAUUCUUACAAAAUUCGAGGCACGGAAUGGGGGGGGAGAGCAUUAAUAUGUUUAGUUUUAGAAUGCGCAUUUUGAUUUUUUUUCUUUCCUUCUCCUCCUCUUCCUCCUCCUCCUCCUUCUCCUUCCCUCAUCUGUCCCCUUGCCCAACUGUUCUCUUCUCAGACCGACCCAGCAGAAGCGAGUUAGGUUGUGGGGGGCUGUAGUAAAAGGGAGUGAGAGGUAGAGGGGGUUGUGUGUGGGUGGACGUAGUAGUGUGGAACGUUGGAAUAUGAUUAGUGUAAUAAAUGUAACAACCGUUGAGUAAACAUACACACACAAACACAUAGAUGUAUAUGGACGGACACUCUGAAUCGUGUCGGGGGUAAGCACGUGUGUUGUGCGUAACUGUAUUAAAUCGCCAUAAAUUUGCGCGCUCAGCCUUUUCUCCUCCCGUGUAUUGCACGUGCAUUUUUCCUUCGUUUCUUUGCGCUGCGAUGAGAUAAAACAUUUGUUAUGUUUUUAAUUUUUUGUUUCGUUAUAUUCAAAGUCAAAGCCGAAGGUGUGUGAAUACAGAGGGACAUGAUCAACGGUUGACUGAGUUUGUUUGUUUGUUUUCUAUUCGAAUGCAACUAACCUAAAGAGCUCAAACCCGAGGACAAACGGUGCCGUUAGUGCAACAGAGCAAACAUGGUUUAGGUCGAGAGUAUAAUUUGUUUGGGGAGAAUUCUUAAUAAACUUUCUAGAUGUUCUCGAUAUGUGAAA